UAGUCAGCCAAAUCGACUCACCAACCUACAGAUUGGCUCAACAUCUGGCUAAAGUACUUUCACCAUUGAGAGGAAACACAGCAGCAUAUGUAAAGGACUCGUACCAUUUUGUCAGUGAAAUAAAACACCUACAACUAGCUGACAAUGAAACUAUGGUCAGUUUUGAUGUUCAGUCAUUGUUUACAUGCUUACCCGUUGAAGACUGCAUCAAGAUUGUGUCUAAGAAACUAGCAGAGAAUAACAUGCCUACUGAAUAUGCUGAACUGUUAAAACAUUGCCUAACAUCUGGCUAUUUACUGUGGAAUAAUCACUUCUACACGCAAGUGGAUGGUGUAGCAAUGGGCUCCCCAGUAUCUCCCAUUGUUGCUGAUAUCUUCAUGGAGGAUUUUGAGGAGCGAGCCCUGCAAUCUGCACCCGUAACACCCAAAUUCUACAAGCGGUACGUAGAUGAUACUUUCACAAUACUACCAUCUGACAAAGUCACAGCAUUAAAUCAUCUUAACUCCAUAAACCCCAAAAUUCAAUUCACUAUGGAGUCAGAGGCUAACAACUCCUUAGCUUUCUUAGAUGUUUUGGUUAUCCGUAACCCUAAUAACACCUUGAGUCACACUGUGUAUCGGAAGAAAACCCAUACAGACAAAUACCUUCAUGGUGAGUCCCACCACCACCCAACACAGUUAUCUACCGUUGGUAAAUCAUUGUUUCAGAGAGCACGUGGGAUCUGCGAUGAACAACACCUGGGUGCUGAGCUUCAACAUGUUAAGCAAGUACUGCACGACAACAAGCUCCGAGUACCGCGCCCUCGUCGCAGAACCCGCGUGAAACCAGCCACAGUUGAGCGUCUACCUGCUGUUCUUCCAUACAUAAGAGGAGUCACAGACAAGAUUGGCUACAUCUUGAAGCGAGCUUCAAUCAAAACCUACUUCAAGCCGCUGAAGAAGAUUAGUCAAUUCUUACCACCUGUCAAGUGUCACAUACCUCUACAAGAUGCGGGUGUAUACAAGCUUGAAUACUAUCGGUACAUCGAGGUGUUGAAGUGUUUGUAUUAUAACGCCACCAUGUCGGUCCGAGUACAGGAGCAUAGCACGAAGCCGAUUCCAUUGAGAAGAGGCGUAAAACAGGGGGACGUAAUCUCCCCGAAACUGUUUACCGCCGCAAUGGAAGACGCCUUCAAGCUCCUGGAAUGGCAAGGACUUGGCAUCAACAUCAACGGCGAAUACAUCACUCACCUUCGGUUUGCCGACGACAUCGUAGUCAUGGCAAAGUCGAUGGAGGAACUCAGUAUGAUGCUCGAGGGCCUCGACCGAGUUUCACAACGGAUGGGCCUGAAAAUGAACAUGGACAAGACGAAAAUUAUGUCAAAUGUCCAUGUUCAGCCCACCCCAGUCUCUGUUGGAAGCUCGGUACUCGAAGUUGUUGACUCAUAUAUCUACCUAGGACAAGUAGUCCAAUUAGGUAGGUCCAACUUCGAGAAAGAGGUCAACCGCCGAAUCCAACUCGGCUGGGCAGCGUUCGGGAAACUACGCAAUGUCUUUUCGUCCGACAUACCUCAGUGCCUCAAGACGAAAGUCUUUAACCAAUGUGUGUUACCAGUGAUGACUUACGGCACCGAAACGUGGUCUCUCACUAUCGGCCUCAUCUCAAAGCUCAAAGUCGCUCAACGAGCUAUGGAGAGGGCUAUGCUCGGUGUUUCUCUACGUGAUCGAAUCCGAAACGAGGAGAUCCGUAGACGAACCAAAGUGACCGAUAUAGCCCACCGGAUUAGCAAGUUGAAGUGGCAAUGGGCAGGCCAUAUUGCUCGCAGAGCAGAUGGCAGAUGGGGCCGAAAAGUGCUGGAGUGGAGACCACGGACUAGCAAGCGCAGCGUAGGACGUCCACCAACGAGGUGGACAGACGACCUUAUAAAGGUCGCCGGAAGACGCUGGAUGCAGGUCGCUUCCAACAGGUAUCUGUGGAGAUCAAAGGGGGAGGCCUAUGUUCAGCAGUGGACGUCCUAUGGCUGAGAUGAUGAUGAUGAUGAUGAUAUU